AUCAAUUUCGCUCGAGCUGCGUCGUCGCCAUUUUCACCCGGCUGCAGACGUGCGCAUGUAACAAACCCAUCCAACAGCGCCUACGGAAAAUUCACCAAUCUUUUUAAUUUUUUGCCGAUUAUUUCGUUUGCAUCUUCAUCUUCUAGACUGAGUCAGACGACUGGGUCGCAGUUGAACUCAAACGGAAAACACGAUGUCUGAAAACGAAGGCAAAAUGUCGACUGAGGCCAAGCAGGAGAAACAAGGCCAAGGGAAUGCAGUGAAUGGCAAGUCCAACCAUGAAUCCAGAAAGGAGAGACCCCAGAAACGUGGUGGCGGGGGAAGAUUUGAGCCCUAUGGAAACCCAAACAAAAGAUACCGCGUGUUUGUCAGCAACAUUCCUUACGAUGUUAAAUGGCAAACGCUGAAAGAUCUCAUGAAGGAAAAAGUGGGUGAGGUAACAUACGUGGAACACUUAAUGGACGCGGAAGGCAAGUCAAGGGUAAGUGCAAAGAGACGAACCUCCAUUUGUCCGCUUGAGUUUUUACAUUUACUCUGCUUUUAAUGUGGGAUGUCCAGGGUUGAGAGUUCAAAAUGUGUCGUCUUGGGUGGCAAAAAAACGGACGCCGAUUGUGGUUCUGAGUGGAACCACUGGGGUUGUUUCGCAGCUACAUAGUUACGCUGUUUCUUGUGUGUCUCCUUUCAAGAGUCUUAGUGAGUGGUGUUCAAUAACAAAACAAGGUUAACAUUCGUUGAAAAGAUUUUAGUGAGAUAACAGCAAUGGAACAUCCGAACUUGAUUGUGUAAUUGGAACCGAAGGCCGGUUUGGGAAUUUUUUCCGAUCAGUGAUUUUGACUUUGAGCCCAUAAUCUAUGAUGUAAUUCAGUGUAAACUAAGAUGUAAUUGUGUUGCAGUAAGUGGACACCACAUAGAUGUACUGUUGUUUAGUUAUUUAUCUUAUAUUAUAAUUUCCUGAGUUUUCACUGAAUGCAUUGCGAAUUUUGUCUAAUUUUGAAUUUUGUUCCCCUUCUGUUUUUGUUUGGGCUGGCGUGCUGAAUAAACAAAGGGUUGCGCGGUGGUUGAGUUCAGAACUGAAGAGCUCAUGAAAAAAGCAGUGGAAAAAGUCAACAAACACGUCAUGAAUGGCCGUCCCCUCAAAGUUAAAGAGGAUCCAGAUGGAGUGAUUGCCCAGCGUGAAGCUCAUCGGGCACAAGGGGGAGGUGGUGGUGGACCCCCAGGUAUGGGUGGAGGAAUGGGAGGCGGAAUGGGCAUGGGUGGAGGUAUGGGCAUGGGUGGAGGAAUGGGUCCGGGGCCUGGAGGUCCACCCAUGGUCAACAUACCUCCCAGUCUCAUGAACAACCCCAACAUUCCCAACGAGAUCAUCCACGGGCUUCAGGCAGGAAAAAUCGGAAGCACCAUUUUCGUAGCCAAUCUGGACUACAAGGUUGGGUGGAAGAAGUUGAAGGAGGUGUUUGGAAUGGCUGGAGUCGUGGUGCGUGCCGACAUCCUGGAGGAUAAAGAUGGGAAGAGCAGAGGCAUGGGAACAGUCACAUUUGAAAUGCCAAUCGAAGCCGUUCAGGCAGUCUCUAUGUUCAAUGGGCAGCUCCUCUUCAACAGAGUCAUGCAUGUCAAACUGGAUGAGAAAUCCCUGCCUAAAGGUGACUUCGGACCCCCAGAGCGUCCACCAGCUCUUCCUCGUGGUCUAAGUGGCAUCGGCCUUGGUUUAGGACCUGGCGGUCAGCCCAUCGACGCUGCCCAACUCAACCGAGGUGGAAUGAACAAUAUGGGACCAGGAGGAAUGGAUGGAAUGGGAUUUGGUGGCAUGGGUAGAAUGGGAGGUAUGGAUAAUUUUGGUGGUGGCGGCGGCAUGAACAACAUGGAUCGUUUUGGACCCUCUGGAAUGGGGCGAAUGAAUGAUAUGGAUCGUGGCAUUGGUGGUGGCGGCGGAGGUUUUGAUAGAGAUUUCGGUGGCCGCAAUGACAUGGGAAUGACGAGGAGUAACUUCGGAGACUCCUUUGACAGAGGAAUGGGAGGUGGUUCCAUGGGAAUGGAUCGGAUGAAUCCCGGCAUGGACCGUCUCAGCGGCGGAAUGGACCGCAUGGCCAGCCUAGACCGAAUGGGAAUGGACCGCAUGGAUCGCGUUUCCGAUCUAGACAGACUGGGUACCGGUUUCGACCGAAUGGGUGCAGGCAUGGACCGUCUUGGGCCCGGCAUGGACCGUUUGGGAUCAGGCCUCGACCGCAUGAGCUCCAGCCUCGGCCCCACUGGGUUCGAUCGCCUCGGCUCGUCCAGCUUGGACCGUAUGAGCGGUGGUGGGAUGGACUUUGCCUCUCCUAUGGGCAUGGACAGGAUGAAUACGGGUCUAGACCGCAUGGGAACCAACUUCGACCGCAUGGGCACCGGAGCCCUCGACCGCUUUCCCUCCUCAGGUCUGGACCGAAUGGGUUCCGGCAUGGAUCGAAUGGGCGCCGGUGGCGUAGGAGGCCAGUUUGACAGACCUGCCGAUAUGGACCGCGGCAACUUCGGCACACCCUUCGGUGGUACCGGAAUCGGACAGGGAGGUGCAGGGGCUGGCGGACCCAACGCUAGGAAGGGCUGUCAGAUCUUUGUCAGAAAUCUGCCCUUUGACUUUUCAUGGAAGAUGUUAAAGGACACUUUCAACUCAUGUGGAGUUGUGCAGUACGCAGAUAUUAAGAUGGAAAACGGCAAAUCCAAGGGUUGCGGGGUGGUGCGCUUCGACAGCCCCGAGACCGCAGAGAGGGCCUGCCGUACAAUGAAUGGUUACCGACUCAGCGGGCGAGAGAUCGACGUCAGGAUUGACAGGAAUGCAUAAUUCGUCUCUUACGUUUGAUUUGCCUCCAUCCCUCGCCGUGCUUUCCGAAUUAUUUGUCAGUUAUGUAUUUGUAUGGGUGCCAAAUGGUGCACUUUUAGUUUUUGCUUAAGAUUUUAGAGACCAAAUUUAUUUUUUUCCCCCUGAAUCCCUACACUUUUUAUUGUAAUGCUUUUCAAGAAAAUGCCUUUGUUAAAGGUUUAAUAAAUCUCAACAAUGGGAACCUUA